AUGAUGGCAGAUCCUAACAGCCAAGAUACCAUUGUCGGGCAUUUCAAUGUCCACCAGGAUGAAUGGCUGAAAGGCUCCUCAGACACUACGUUCAUGCGACGCGAAGCCGAGGCUUUCGCUGUGGUCAACAACUUAAACCAACUAGUUGACCUCCCCACACGCGUCGCUGAUCGUAUUGGUGACCGCGCCCACACCCUUGAUCUCAUUCUCAAAUCCAUCUUCACUUAUUGA